ACUCUAACUGGAAUCACUCAGAUUGCCCCCUCACAGGAACAGUUGGAGAAACUGGUGAACAGUCUGCGAGAUGAUCUAGACUAUGGUGUUUGGGAAGAUUUGAAUCAGUUAUUAUCGCAUUAUUUUGCCCGGGAUCUUGAUCCUGGUGAGUUUGAACGUUCCAGUCGAUAUGUUUUGGAAUACACCUGGGAGCAGUUGCACACAGGUCAUUGGAAGAAUGUUCCCGACCAUUGGCGAGUAGCUUAUGCUUGUAUUCGAAUCCUGCGUGGUUUAUACAUUUUGCCCGGUGGAUCCGAGGCCUUGAACAAGUUGGCACAACGUGAACUACUCAAAUCGGCGCUACCAGAAUUCGAUUACAGCUUGCUCCUUGGUUACCCAGUUUUCGAUGCUGUUGCAACCCGAUUAGCUUCGGCUAUCCAUGAGCUUAUUGAAGACGAGAUUGAUUUUCAACCACCGAUCGAAAAGCGACAAAAACAAGAUGAUCAUGAUUUGGAUGCGGCCGGUAGCUCUCCACCUAGUUUGGACGCAUUUGAUGUGGGUAAUCGACCCGUUCGUGCGUUGGAACGUAUCAGUCGACCUAGUUUGGAAAAGUUUUUGCAUUUACUCGCCCAAGGGCAACCUUUUAUUUUGACUGGAGCAAUGGACUUUUGGCCCGCUUGUCAAACGAGGAACAAUAAUAGAGGCUGGUCCGUUCAGUCUUGGCGUCGCCGAGUCGGUCAUCGGCUUGUUCCCAUUGAAAUCGGGUCACGUUAUACUGACGAGGCAUGGGGGCAAGAGCUUAUGACUGUCAGUGCAUUCAUUGAUCGGUACGUGAACAACGGAACCGGAUCGAAUGAGUCGAAACAACCAAUCGGCUACCUGGCCCAGCAUCAGUUGUUCUUGCAAAUCCCCGAGCUCGGCGAGGAUGUGUUCACACCGGACUAUUGUAUGGUGAGCGGAAUGACCAACACAGAUGAGGCCACGGUGGACUCUAAUGUGUGGUUCGGUCCGGCUGGUACAGUCUCACCGCUGCAUCAUGACAGUGAUCGGGCCAAUUUAUUGACUCAGAUUCAAGGCUGGAAGUAUGUGAUUUUAUAUACAGCCGAUCAAACACUUCUCCUGUAUCCUCACAAGGAUCAAAUGUUGUGUAACACUUCGCAAGUGGAUGCAGAACAUCCAGACCUUGUUGAAUUUCCUAAGUUCCGCCAAGCCGAAGGUUUUCACGGUGUGCUUGGUCCCGGUGAGAUGCUUUUCAUCCCACCCCGUUGUUGGCACUAUAUUCGUGCUUUGACGGUCAGUUUUUCUGUCAAUUUUUGGUGGAAUGUUCUUUCCGAUUUCAUUCCCCCGUGGCCGACAUCCGAUUGCUCAUCACAGGAUUGA